UAUGGCGGAUAAUGCUUCCGUUUGCUUUUGUAUCACCGGAUGUUGAAGGACAUUGAAGGAGCGUGUACUGCUGCUGUCAGAAUCCCAAGUGCUCCGGACUGGCAGUUCUACAGAGCAUAUGGGUGAUUGGUAGAUGAGAGGGAGCUGCCAGACAGACACCAAGAAACAUGUUUCUGACUAAUAUACUGUUUCGGAAAGGAAUUCCCGGGCGCCAGUGGAUCGGAAAGUACAGGAGGCCCAGGCCUGUGACCUGGCAGAUGAAGCGAAAUAUGAUUGAGCGCCUGGAGGUAGAAGCAGAAACAGAAUACUGGAUAAGUCGCCCUUAUAUGACCAAGGAACAGGAAUACGGCCAUGCUGCGGGGAGACGCCUGAAAGAAUGGGAGGUCAUAAGAGACUCACGUGUGGCCAAUUUCCCUAGCCACAGAUUUUUGCAAGACCACCUAAAUCAUCUGAAUGUGACCAAAAAAUGGUCAAUGUCUUGAUUUGUUAUCCAAUAAACCCUUUUUGAUUAAGGAC